AUGUUUUCAAAGAAGAAGAAGAGCCGGAUCGCCAUCUCUGCACCGUCCAACUUUGAGCACCGCGUCCACACCGACUUCGACGAGACGGAGCAGAAGUUUGUGGGUCUGCCGCGACAAUGGCAGUCUCUCAUCGAAGACACGGCCAAACGCCCCAAACCCUUCAUCGACGCCACCGUCAUCACCACCGUGGAGCCGCGAAAGACCAUCGUGCGUGGCAGUAAGCUGGGCGUGGACGGGUCCCUGACGUGGCUCCUGGAUGAGUUCGACCACAUGUCAGUCAUUCGCUCCAACUCCCUGAGACGAGAAAGUCCUGUCCAUCCACGACGGGACGGGCCCAGCGGGACACCUGAGAACGGGGAUCACAGGGAGGGGCCCAGAGCCAAAGCCGAGCCCCCGGGGGGCCACCGUCCUCAGCAGCAGCCCAGGGGCCAGGAGCCCAGCAGGGGCCUGAGGGACCGACCGGCCGGAGGACCACCCCCCCCUCCCCACAGAGAGAGAGAGCACAGGGACCACAACCAGGACCCGGCCUCUCGUCAGCCCCCGGACCCCAGACCCAAGUCCAGCUACGUGGGCUCCAGCAGCCCCCAGUCUCCCAGAGACAAGCGGCCCCUGUCGGGCCCCAACAUCCGCACCCCCCACCUCCCCAUCACUGAGGGCCUCCUGAAGACCACCCAACAGAACCGCCCCUUCAACACCUACCCCCGAGCGGAUAGCGAGGGCAGCCGCAGCCCUACAGGACCGCCGAGCAGCUCUCCUCACAAUGGCCCCCCCUCGGGACACAGCGAUCACCCUCACCACACCUCCCACCCCAGCCUGGCCCCUGAGGGCCCCCAUCAUCCUCACACCCCUCAUCCCAAAAUGCCAGCCCCGCGGCCCCCUCUGCAGCCCGGCUCAGUGUCGGGGGCCCCUGUGGCCCCUGCACAGGGGCGCUCCCCCCACAGAGAGCCACAGAGAGUGUCUCAUGAACAGUUCAGAGCAGCUCUGCAGAUGGUGGUGGACCCCGGGGACCCUCGCUCUUACCUCGACCACUACAUCAAGAUUGGAGAAGGCUCCACCGGCAUCGUCUGCAUCGCCACCGUCAAAACCACCGGGAAACUGGUCGCCGUCAAGAAGAUGGACCUGAGGAAGCAGCAGCGCAGAGAGCUGCUCUUUAAUGAGGUGGUCAUCAUGCGGGACUAUCACCAUGACAACGUGGUGGAGAUGUACAACAGUUACCUGGUGGGAGACGAGCUGUGGGUGGUCAUGGAGUUCUUGGAGGGAGGGGCUCUCACUGACAUUGUGACACACACCAGAAUGAACGAGGAGCAGAUCUCCACUGUGUGUGUGUCUGUGCUGAAGGCUCUGUCAGUGCUACACACACAGGGAGUGAUCCACCGAGACAUCAAGAGUGACUCCAUCCUGCUCACACACGACGGCAGGGUGAAGCUGUCAGACUUCGGCUUCUGUGCUCAGGUUUCUAAAGAGGUGCAGAGGAGGAAGUCUCUGGUGGGGACCCCCUACUGGAUGGCCCCUGAGCUGAUCUCACGUCUGCCCUACGGCCCCGAGGUGGACAUCUGGUCUCUGGGUGUCAUGGUGAUAGAGAUGGUGGAUGGAGAGCCUCCGUACUUCAACGAGCCGCCUCUGAAGGCCAUGAAGAUGAUCCGGGACAAUCUGCCGCCAAAACUCAAGAACCUGCACAAGGUCUCUCCUCUGCUCAAGGGCUUCCUGGACCGGAUGCUGGUGCGGGACCCGGCUCAGAGGGCCACAGCCAGUGAGCUCCUCAAGCACCCCUUUCUGUCCAAAGCAGGACCCCCCUCCUGCAUCGUCCCACUCAUGAGACACAACCGCAUCAAGUGA